UUCCCCCGCACCAAGCACUAAAAAGCAACCAGAUCGACAAGAACACAAUGCCACUGAGAUGCAGUCGAUACCGUAGUCCCCUCUGCAGUAACCCAUAGUAACCUCUUCUUUCAACAUUGCAUCCAUCCACAUCACAAUAGAGACCAUGGAUCAAGCACAACUGGAACAAAGCCUCAAUGUCAUCAAGUCAAAGCCUGUUGAUCCCUUGAUGCAGCUUUCCGAGGCGGAAAUUGCCAGGGCUGUCAACAUCAAGGCCAGUGUCGAGCAGGACGACAGAAUUCAGAAUCGAUCCGAUUUUGAAUAUGUUCAGUAUGCCCUCACAAACCUCAACGAAACUGUGGAACAAGUUCUGGAGCGUGUCUACUUGGUGCAAUGCUUUCGGCAAGAAUACAGACUCAACGACACUCCUGAAGAGGGGGCCGAAUUCCUUCGCAAGUGGUCCCUCAUGUGUCCGGGGCUCAUACUUGCUGUGGAUCAUCUACCAAUACAUAAAAACUACACUGUAACUAUUGAUAUGUCAAAGCUUCUCCCCAAAGAACAAAUUAAAACAGAUGAAGACUUGAGGGUUUAUAUGGCUGGCCAUUAUUACUAUUGGAACAGUCUCUACCCAAACUUUAUGGCCAUUCGACAAGGUUGGACUUGGGUUGUGGAAUGUGAGGGGACAACAAUGGCAUCCUUGGAUCCAGAGCUGAUUGAAAAGUCGGGGCAUCACCUUUUCAAAUCAUAUCCCAAAAAUGAAAAGAGCAUAUUCGUGCUCAAUACAUCCACAACAAUCAACAUCUGGUGGUCCUUGUUCAAGAGAUUUGUGCCCGCCGAUCAAAGAGCCAAAUAUCAUUUGGGAUAUCAAAUUGAAGGUUUUGAAGGACGGCGCAUUGAUGGACUCUACAAGAUGCCAACAGAAGAAGCAGGAAGACAGAGAAUGAUCAGCCAUGUCCACGAAUUCCUGACACUUCGGAAAAAGAAUGAAGCUGAAUUUUCCUUGGUGGGGGCAGCUCUCCAGAUUAUGACACCAGAGGAGGUGCAUCAGGUAAUUGCAAACCAGAAUGAUCGGAUGGCUGACUAGCUCAACAUGAACGUUUUAAGAAAACUUUUGCACAUUC